CGGGGUACAUUUUAGUAUAUAAGAGUCGCGUCAGAUGAGCUCCGCGCGUAUUAUAGUGAUAUCGGGUCCCCAGUGCCGAAAUGAAGGUAUUGUUGGUGUGGUUAUUCUGUGCCGUGGCCGGCAAAGCGGCUGGAGGCCCGUCCUGGUCGGAUGCCGGGAACCAAGCGACGUCGCGGCAAAGUGUCACAAGGGUCAUACCGGGAACACAGAUAGUAACGUCAAUUCCAGCUAAAACAAAGAUCUCCGCUUUCUCAACAAGGCAGUUCAUUAAUGCUAUACCCAUUUCUGGCUAUCCAGGAUUAGAAUCGCAAUUUGCUUUCCAACCACAAGUGAGUCCUUUUAAUCCAUUCCAACCGACUUACUAUCCUUUAGGAGGUGCUGGCUUAUAUCCACAGAGCGCACCAAUAUUUUCGGGUGGCAGUCCAUUUUUCCCAGGAGGAGGAUCAUACUUCCCUAGCGGUGCUCCAAUAUUUCCUGCUGGUGGUCCGUUUUAUCCUCCAGGCAGUAUCUUAUACCCUCCAUCAGGACCCAUUCCAAUAUCGCCUAUUGCACCACCCACCGUACCAGGCCAGCCUGUAGCAGAUUUCCCUACAGGACAACAAGAUGUGGAUUCUGAUACGACAGUGGUUGAUUCAGCAGAAUUCCCCCCAGACAGACAACAAACAGAAACACAACCAGCAGCAGAAAACAAACCUGCAGAACCUCAGCUACCACCUGCGAGCACGUUCCCCGGUUUCCCUCAAAUACCACAGGUACCUGGUGGAACGCAAACAUUCCCUGGAGUUCCUCUAGGAAAUGGAGAUUCUGGUUCAUCCCCACAGCCACCUCAGGUUUCCGAUGAUACAAACAACAGUUCACAGCAAAAUUUCCAACAAGGAUCUGGUCCACAGGCACCUCAGAUCCCCCAGGGAACACCUCCAACGGCCCCCGUAAAUCCUAUUUUCUCGCAGCCACCUUCUCAAUCACCGCCAUCGAGUUUUCCAUCAGCGGAUAAUAACGACCAGGGUUUGAAUGAUGAAGACACAAUAUCAGUAGAGUCUGCGUGAUAAUUGUAAAUAAAAUUAGAUUAAUUUUAUAUUAGUACUCUUAAAUGUUCCUGAAGAUAAUUUCGCAGACCGUAUUGCAUGCAAUAAAGGUUUUGUACAAA